AACACUCGAGGCUCCAUCUGGCUUUAAAGAGAGGACCUGGAUCCGUGCGAGUACCCAUCGUCUUCAAAGUUCAAAGAUCCUCCCAACUACAUCAGAAUUUUGGAGAGAGAGAGAGAGGGAGAAACAAAAAUGCCGGUGAUGGAAAAGUUGAGGAUGUUCGUAGCGCAAGAGCCAGUGGUGGCUGCUUCUUGCCUUAUUGCUGGUAUCGGUCUCUUCCUUCCAGCUGUGGUGAGGCCCAUUCUGGAUUCCUUAGAAGGAAGCAAGCACGUCCCUGAAAAGCAGCCUUCCAUUAGUGAUGUGCUUGCAGGUAUGACAGGCAAAAGGCAGGGAUGAAUCAUUUGUUGAAGCAAGUGGCAGAGUUUCAAACGUUCCCCCAGCCCUAUUGUAUUGUUACUCUUUUUUCCGGAUCCUAACAGCGUGAAAUAAGUCUUACCUUUUUACAUGAUGGAACCCUCAUAAAUAUAGAAUGUUGGGCAUCAAGCUGUUUUGUGUGAGCACAUGAAUGUUUUCUUGUCAAGUUGAUUGCACUUUAAGCAAAGCUAGCUUCAUUUUCCUCCAAAACUCAUUUGUAUUUUUAUCAGCUGAAUUUGAAUCUCUUCAUUACAGA